AAAUAGUGCGAAUAUUCCAGAAUCCGCAAGAGAAUCUAGUUGUUGUGGUAGGUCAUGGGUUGGAAAUUUCUCCUCUGUAUUCUCUUAAUUUUGCGCCUCACCUUCCCAGACAUUAUUGCUAUCUCAUUCUGGCACAUACUAAACAGCAUACUGUUCUCGUUGCUUCGAGAGAGCACGCUUCGAAUGUUCUCGAAAGGAGCGCCGGGUGUAUAAAUAGCGCUGCUUGUUUCUUUUAGCGUCAUUUCAAUUCAAAGAAGCAAAGUGAACACAUCGCUGAGCGAAAGCUAAGCAACCAAAUAAGCGCAGCUGAUCAAGCUAAACAAACUGCAGUGAAGUGCAAGUAAAAUAAACUAGCAAUCAAGUAUAACAACUACUGAACUCAACCAAGAAGUUAUUAUUAAAGACAAGAAAAGAAAGCUGAAUAUUUCCAAAAAGCCGUUACCGAGGAAGAAGAACUCACACACAAUGCCAGCUAUUGGAAUCGAUCUGGGCACCACAUACUCCUGCGUGGGUGUCUACCAACAUGGCAAGGUGGAGAUUAUCGCCAACGACCAGGGCAACCGCACCACGCCGUCCUACGUGGCUUUCACAGAUUCGGAACGCCUCAUCGGCGAUCCGGCCAAGAACCAGGUGGCCAUGAACCCCAGGAACACGGUGUUCGAUGCCAAGCGGCUGAUCGGCCGUAAAUACGACGACCCCAAGAUCGCAGAGGAUAUGAAGCACUGGCCUUUCAAAGUGGUAAGCGACGGCGGUAAGCCCAAGAUCGGGGUGGAGUAUAAGGGCGAGUCCAAGAGAUUCGCCCCCGAGGAGAUCAGCUCAAUGGUGCUGGCCAAGAUGAAGGAGACGGCGGAGGCGUAUCUGGGCGAGAGCAUCACAGAUGCAGUCAUCACAGUUCCAGCCUACUUCAACGACUCCCAGCGCCAGGCUACGAAGGACGCCGGUCACAUCGCCGGCCUGAAUGUGCUCCGCAUCAUCAACGAGCCGACGGCGGCGGCACUGGCCUACGGACUGGACAAGAACCUCAAGGGUGAGCGCAAUGUGCUUAUCUUCGACUUGGGCGGCGGCACCUUCGAUGUCUCCAUCCUGACCAUCGACGAGGGAUCACUGUUCGAAGUGCGCUCCACCGCCGGAGACACGCACUUGGGCGGCGAGGACUUUGACAACCGUCUAGUCACCCAUCUGGCGGAGGAGUUCAAGCGCAAGUACAAGAAGGAUCUGCGCUCAAACCCCCGCGCCCUACGACGCCUCAGAACAGCGGCUGAACGGGCCAAGCGCACGCUCUCCUCCAGCACGGAGGCCACCAUCGAAAUCGACGCAUUGUUUGAGGGCCACGACUUCUACACUAAAGUGAGCCGCGCCAGGUUCGAGGAGCUAUGCGCGGACCUCUUCCGCAACACUCUGCAGCCUGUGGAGAAGGCCCUCACCGAUGCCAGGAUGGACAAGGGUCAGAUCCAUGACAUCGUGCUAGUCGGUGGAUCAACCCGCAUUCCCAAGGUGCAGAGCCUGCUGCAGCAGUUCUUCCACGGCAAGAACCUCAACCUAUCCAUCAACCCAGACGAGGCAGUGGCAUACGGAGCCGCUGUGCAGGCCGCUAUCCUCAGCGGAGAUCAGAGCGGCAAGAUCCAGGAUGUGCUGUUGGUGGACGUGGCCCCACUCUCAUUGGGAAUUGAGACCGCUGGCGGCGUGAUGACCAAGCUGAUCGAGCGCAACUGCCGCAUUCCGUGCAAGCAGACCAAGACGUUCUCCACGUACUCGGACAAUCAGCCCGGCGUCUCCAUCCAGGUGUAUGAGGGCGAACGUGCGAUGACGAAGGACAACAAUGCAUUGGGCACCUUCGAUCUGUCCGGCAUUCCACCUGCACCAAGGGGUGUGCCCCAAAUAGAAGUUACCUUCGAUUUGGACGCCAAUGGAAUCCUGAACGUCAGCGCCAAGGAGAUGAGCACGGGCAAGGCCAAGAACAUCACGAUUAAGAACGACAAGGGACGCCUCUCGCAGGCCGAGAUUGAUCGCAUGGUGAACGAGGCUGAGAAGUACGCCGACGAGGACGAGAAGCAGCGCCAGCGCAUUACCUCUCGAAAUGCCCUGGAGAGCUACGUCUUCAAUGUGAAGCAGUCCGUGGAGCAGGCACCCGCUGGCAAACUGGACGAGGCCGACAAGAACUCGGUCCUGGACAAGUGCAACGACACUAUCCGGUGGCUGGACAGCAACACCACUGCCGAUAAGGAGGAAUUCGACCACAAGAUGGAGGAGCUCACACGCCACUGCUCCCCCAUCAUGACCAAGAUGCAUCAGCAGGCAGCGGGCGCAGGAGCAGCUGGUAGUCCGGGAGCCAACUGCGGCCAACAGGCUGGAGGAUUUGGCGGCUACUCUGGACCCACUGUCGAGGAGGUCGACUAAAGCCAAUAGGAAAAUUAUGCAGUUACUUAAGUUCUGCUUAAGUUUUUAAGAGUGAUAUUAUUUAUUUGGUUGUAAUCAAAAGACAAGAAUGUAAAUAAUUAAUACAUAAUUACAUUAUAUUUAAGUUAGCAA